AUAGCAAUGUUGUUGGACUUUAAAAGCAGUGUAUAUGGUUUGGCACGGGCAUAUUUUGAGUUCUGAUAUUGGGCUGGUUUUGAUUGGCCAUUGGGCUGGUUUUGUCACACAGACCUGGCAACCCUGCGGGCCAGGGACCAGCGGCCGGUUUCCGCCUCGACCAUCAGCAAGCAUUGAGAAUCUUUUUGACGCCAACAUCCAUACAUCAAUAUAGAAAAAGAUUAUUUAUAUGCCGACUUCCCGGUAGUCCUCAAGCCGACGAAACUACAGAAUAUCAAAAAUAAUGUCCGAUAGUGCCGACGGUCGCUUCAUAUAUUUCGCUUUCGGAAGUAACUUGUUGAAGGAAAGACUGCAGCUGGCCAACCCGUCUGCGACCUUUCACUCCACGGGACGACUAAAGGACCAUGAAUUAAACUUUGGCAUGUAUGAGAAAAAUGCGGACAGCAUUUGGCACGGUGGAGUGGCCACCAUCGAUUCCUGUCCAGGGGCAGAAGUGUGGGGGGUAAUCUGGACUUUGAGCAAUGAGGAUCUCCCAAAGCUAGACGAACAGGAAGGGGUGCAUAAGGGAAUAUACUCUCCGCUGGAAGUUUCAGUGGAGAGUGACAAAGGACUCAUAUUCUGCAGGACUUAUCAGAUGACAAAGGUCUACGCCUGCCCUCCGUCUCCUCAGUACAAACAGGUGGUGUGUCUGGGUGCAAAGCAGAAUGGACUCCCAGGGGAAUACCUGAAGAGGCUGGAGGCCAUUCAAACCAACAACUACAGCGGCCCCUCAAUGCUUGAUGAAAUCAGAAAAUACAUCAAGUAGAGUUUGAAAGUUCACAUUUCUGAAGAUAGAGGCAUCAUUUGAUGAAAUCAACCUCACCACAAAGUCCUUUAAGUAGAUAUUCUGAGAAGAUAAAGAGCAAAAAUGGAAAAUAAAAUGUGUCAUUAACUUUC